AUGUUCCCCUCUCACUUCCCCUCUCUUUUCCUACCUCUUUCCCUCUCUCGUCCCCUCCCUUCCCUCUGGCCCUUUCUCUGCACCUCUCUCCCACUCUUUUCCCCUCUCUCCUCAUUAUCUUCCCUAUUCUUCCCCUCGUCCCAUUCGUCACUUCUAUAUUCCCUUGUCUCUUGCCCUCAAUGCCUGUAUUGUGUCCCCUCGUCUGCCCACCUCCCCAUGCCACAGGAACGUGCAGCCUCAGCUCUCCAUCUCAAAACCUUCACGACGACGCAGGGAGCCAGGGAAGAGUUUCCUGGUCUUUCGGGCCAGCAGGAGACAACAGAUGCACUGAAUGUGGCCCUGGAAGCUCGGAUAAGGGGUUCGAGAAGGCGAGUGGAGGAGAGAGAGCGAGACGUGAUGCAUGUGAAGGAGGAGUUGGGAGCAGUCAAAGAAGAGUUGGGAGCAGUUACGGAGGAGUUGGGCACAGUUAAAGAGGAGUUGGGAGCAGUUAAAGAAGAGUUGGGAGCAGUUAGAGAGGAGUUGGGAGCAGUCGAAGAGGAGUUGGUAGCAGUGAAAGAGGAGUUGGGAGCAGUGAAAGCAGAGAUGGGAGUAGUCAAAGAAGAGUUGGGAGCAGUCAAAGAAGAGUUGGGAGCAGUCAAAACAGAGUUGGGAGCAGUCCCUUCCCUAUCCGCCCCCAGCGCUAGCUUUUCUUUCCCGAACCACCCAAGUGGUGGUGGUGUUGUGAUCCGCUCACACUAUCCAUUCUCUUCCUUAUCCUCGUUUGUUCAUUCGCUUUUCGACGACACAUCCAUCUCCCGCCGGGCCUUCACAGGCUGCGAAUGUUUGUCCGUCGUUAGCUUGGUGGUCUUCUUCGCCCAUAGUGUAUACUUCUCAACUCCAAGCGUCCGUGGAGCCUUGGUGCUUCCGUGUGCAGCGCCGACAUGCGGGGAGAGGCAGCUGGAGGAGACACGGAGGGGACUGGAGGAGGCUGAGAGGCGCCGAGCAGAGGAGCUGAUCCUAGUGAAUAGGGAAGUGCUAACUGUGCGAGGUGAACUGGUGGCAGUCAAGGGAGAGCUGGUGACAGUAAGGGGGGAACUGGCGACAGCAAGGGGAGAGUUAGCGCCUGUGAAGGGGGAGCUGGAGAUUAUGAAGGGAGAAGUAGUGACUUUAAGGAGGGAGCUGGCGACAGCUAAAGGAGAGUUGGCGCCAGUGAAGGGGUUGCUUGAAAUUAUGAAGGACCAACUAGUGACAUUAAGGGGGGAGCUGGUGACGACAAGGGGGGAGCUGGUGACAGCGAAAGGAGGGUUGAUGGAACCAAAGAGGGAGGUAGCUUUUCAGGACAGCUUGCAGAAAGUGGAGAAGGGAAAAUCGGCUUUCGAGGUGGAGGUGAAGAAGUUGAGGAAAGGAGUGGGUUCAAAUGAGGCAGCAGCGUUGCAGUGCACUGCACCGAAGCAUCCUGAUCCAACUCUGGAUCUAAAGGGCAGCUCUGGCCUUUCGGAUACCUUCCUUCGCCACGUGUCUAGCAUGACUCAUCUCAAGCAUGUUCGAAUCGAUGCGUCAGCAGGCUUUACCUCUCAAGGCAUCAAGUGCCUCUAUACGCUACCACAGCUGGAAUGCCUGGAGCUGAAGGGCGCUCUUGUCACUAACAGCACCCUGGAUGGCAUUGGGAGGGUUCGAUCUUUGAAAUUUCUCUUUCUCAACCGCACCCACGUGACUGAUUCUGGGCUGCCUCACCUGACGUGUCUCACUUCUCUCAAGACCUUGAUAUUUUACAAGUGCAAGCGGGUGACAUGUGCUGGCAUCGUGCACGUGGGGAGGAUGACAAGUCUCGAGGAGCUGUAUUUAUACGGAAGUGGAGUAAAGGACAAGGGACUGGGCUUUCUGGCACCUUUGACCCGGCUCAGAAUGCUCAUCCUUCCAGACACGACAACUGAUGCUGGCCUAGAGAGCAUCCAGUACUUGUCUGCACUGGAAUGGUUGAAUUUCACUAAUUCUGAGGCAACGGAAAAGGGUGUGAAGCUGCUGGGGAGGCUACCUCGUUUGAAGCAGAUUAGAUCGUUUGACUUCAGCUUUCAGACACUGCUAAGGACCAGUCUACCUGGAGUGAAAGUGAGCAGUGAUCUUUUGCCUGGCGCUAUUUAUGGCGAUUAG